AUGGCCACUCCCAAGUCUCGCCAGGCGUGUCUCGGCUGCAGGCGGAUCAAGGUCGCAUGUGACAACCCGCAGACUGGCGAACAAUGCAAGCGAUGUGUGCGCCUCUCCAUGGAAUGCGUGUAUACCAAGAGCCAACGCGGACGGCGCAACUUUCACGAGAAACAAAACCCUCUCAUCGCAAUCCUCGAUCCUAAGCUACACACGGUGUCAUUCCUCCGCACAUCCUCGAUGCUAUUCACAACCAUCCUCGCGGCUGCCAGCAAGUACGCGUUGCCAGAGCGACACGGAACCCUGCUCGCCCAUGCCGAAAGCUUGAUCAACCGCGCCACCAACGGUGGCGAGUGCUGUACUGCGCUUAUCCAAUCCCUGCUCAUUCUCGUGUAUUACAAGGGCCCAACCGACCGUAGUGCAUGGCUCAAAAUCGGGAUUGCGAUCCGCUUUGCAUUCCAACUUCGGUGGCACGAAGCCCGGCCGUCAAUGACCUUGCCAGCCGAUGAGCACGAGGCGCGACUGAUCCUUGACCCCGAACGCACAUGGUUCUGCCUGGUCUGCUUUGACCGGCAGUACGCCGACAUCUUUGGGCUACCGACCACCAUCCCGAUGACGGACUAUGGUGAUUGUGAGGCGUGGGCUCGUUCCCAUUUCCAUCUCAACAUUCCUGUCGACAUCCAUCUCGCAUGCAGCCACGCAAUGGUAGUGGCUGACGAGUUCUGGGGACGCAUCCGGAAAGAUCACGACGAAAUGCCUCGCCGGCUGGUACGCACCUUGCUCACCAGCCUGUACAACCAAACCGUGCGACAUCGCCGAAAGUGGUUCCCGCGUGACGUGCCCCCCGCACCGACACAUCUGCAACCUGCCCGCAACCUUAUGGAGAUGUUUGCCUUGUCUCACCAGCUCAUCAUCAAGCACCAUCUGCUCAUCCUGGCCGAACCUCUCGAUGCUGAAAUUCUUCUACCAGAGUGUGUCGAGCACGCUACCAAUGUCGUGGCCGCCUUCGAGGUCGUCAGUAAGGACGGAUCGCCACGGUACCUCCACGACGCUGGUGCUACCACACUUUCAAACUUGGGGCUUGUUUUGUACAAGCUGUUCUGGAGGCUUGGCCCAGAUACCCGUCCGUACUUGAUCGAGGUCACCAAGCGAGCACGCGACUGCUGUCCACCAGAAGGACCCCUCAUGUACACGGCACGCUUUCUCGACCGCGUCCUUGGGCUGUUCCAAACUGCAGUGGCAGAGGACGCCGUGCCCGCAGCCGAGGUCGGACCGCCAGAUCAAUCCCAGAUUGACGAGUUCCUGCGUCUGGCCGGCAGUGAUCUGAACCAGUUCAUGGUCAACGACGACUAUUGGGCAAGUCUCUUAUCGUCAUCGCUCGAGGACCCCGUGUACCCAUCCUUUGCCUUGGGAAUGUAG